AUUGACAAGUAUGCUCAGCGGGAUCUGAAGAAAGGGCUUCAUUUGUAUGGGACAGAUGGAAAUAUUGGCCUAACCAAUGCAUGGAGCAUCAUUCAAACAGAUUUCAGGUGCUGUGGAGUCUCCAACUACACGGACUGGUUUGAAGUGUACAACACAACCCGGGUGCCGGACUCCUGCUGCUUAGAAUUCAGUGAGAACUGCGGGCUCCACUCCCCGGGGACCUGGUGGAAGGCGCCUUGCUAUGAAACAGUGAAAAUAUGGCUCCAGGAAAACUUACUAGCAGUGGGAAUCUUUGGAUUGUGCACAGCUAUGGUGCAGAUUCUGGGACUCACCUUUGCGAUGACCAUGUAUUGUCAGGUGGUCAAGGCAGACACCUACUGUGCAUAGAUACCAUUCCUCAUCUUUCUGCUCCUCCUCCAAAGGACACAGGAGAAAA